AUGUCUCACACACUACCCAAUGACCCAGCCCAAGUAGCCAAAAUAAUGCUAUCAUGGCACGACCUCGACCUCAUCUCAUGCACAACCCUCCAAACCCUUUGGGCAGGCUACGGUCAAAUCUGCGCGAUAACCGCACGCACAACCACAGCAGCAUCAUCAAACCAUCUAAGCAAACUCUGUGGCGUUGAGCCCCGCGCCGCAGGAUCUACCUACAACCUCAUCUUAAAGCUCAUCUCACCGCCCCAAGCUAGCGCAGACGAGGGACACUUACGAAAAAUGCUCAGUUACGAAAUCGAGCAGAGAUUCUACAGUGAUGUUGUUCCCUUGCUUGAUGAAGAGGUUCAUGUCGCGAAAUGCCUUGCUUCAACUAGAGAUCUUGUCUCUGGGUCGAAGGAUGAGGAGCAACUGGCCGGCAUUACGGCUACUAUUAUGGUUGAUUUGAGAGAUACAUUCCCUGUUAUGGGUGGGAAGCGGAGUACCCUGUCUUCUGUCCAGGUCCAUGGUGCUUUAAAUUGGUUGGCUGGGUUUCAUCGUUGUUCGUGGGGAUUGCUUCCUGAUUCUAUGGAUGGGUAUGUUUUGCCGCCUCUUCAGGAACAUAAGCGGAGAGAGUGUGGAGAUGGUGUUGGGGAGGGGCUCUGGCUGAAUGGGGGAUAUACUUAUCUCGCGACGCGGAUGAAAGAGUAUGCCACUUUAGCUCAGGAUGGGGAAGAUGAAUGGUCAUUUUAUCUGUGUCAUGACUCCAGAAACGGCUCAUCUCUCGCGGAGGCAGUGGCAUUGUUUUUGACACCGUGUGGCCGAGCGGUGGAGUCAUACAUACACGGUGAUGUUAAGUCGGAGAACCUUUUCACGUCAAAAAAGGAAGAUGAGGUUGCUUUCUUUGACUUUCAAUAUGUUGGACUUGGAUUGGGAGUGUGUGAUCUGGCGAAGCUGUUUACGUGCUCUGUUCCUUUAGAGAUGCUCGUUGAUGAUGUUGCGAAUGAAGUUCCGGAGCGACUUGACAUGUGUAAAGGGGAGAAGAAACUUUUGAAGCACUACCAUGAGAAACUUGUUCGUGGUCAGAAGUCUGAUUUCUAUGAGUGGAAGGCAUUCCUUCGUCACUGGGAGACGGCGUUGGUGGACUGGUGUCGGUUCCAGGCGUCUUGGGGAUUUUGGGGUAACACGGAGUGGCUGGAGGCUCGUGUUAAAGCUAUUAUUCACAACAAGACAUGGAGGGACUGGUUGUAUGAGAAUAUUGAAGGUCGGGAGUUAGUCAUUGUCUGA